ACUUCCUUAUGCUUCUACAUAUCACCUCCUUGCUGAGAGGAGUUUCUAUGUCCCUAUGCGUGAUGUCAAGCAAUUUUCAUCAAGGCCUAAAUGGACGCAUGUCUUGGCUUAUCAUCUUUCCAAGAUGGGUGUCCCACAAGGUGCGCAGCCAGCUCUCAUUGUAAGAAUACUUGACUACACUGAAGAGGCCGACAACCACAGCUUUGAGUUGCCAAUUCUUGUGCAUAUUGUGGAUGCCACUUAUCACUAUCUGAAGUCGGACCACAACAACGACAUCCUUGAUAGGGUUAUGAGGCAAUCCUCGGAAGCAUACAGGGCCAUGCUUAUUCCUGCAGCUCAAUCAUCCAUUCAGGGCUUGGAGAAUGUGAGGCUUGAUGAUCCUACUUUGGCCCCGUUGUCCUCAUGUAUUAUUUGUAUGGAGGGCCUCCUCCUUGAUCAUCAUGAUGAUCAUCACUCUGAUCAUAUUAAUGCCGUCCCUGCUUCUCAAGAUGAUCAUCAUGAUCAAGAUCAAGGUCAAGGGGUUGAUUGUCGCCAUCCACCAAGGACGAUCAAACGCUUGCCCUGCUUACACCAAUUUCACGAAGAUUGCAUCGUCCCGUGGCUGCAGAUCAAUCACUUGUGUCCCCUGUGCCGAUACCCGCUGGAAGUGCGCGAGUCAUCAAAACCCAAACGAAGGAGAUUAUCAUGAAAUAAUGAAAGAAGACCUGCAGCCAUGAUGCUCAGCUGGAACAAUAUAUGGCUAUUGAGGUGUGGUUUGUGGAAUGGAUCCAGGCUAUCAAGUUCAUGGAUGGAAACUGCACAGGUUGAAUGUACCUUGUUCAAUGAAGAGAUUUUAGCGAUUAAAUUUAUGACUGAAUCUAUCGAGUUAAUAUGCGAGCACAUAUCGAUCACCAAUAAGGUUUCUACUAUUAAUCACUAAUUUCAAAGAUUAUCUUUUUGCUGAGGAUGACAACUCAGAUUUCAAGAGAAUUGCAAGAGUAACACUCCAUUAUGUUGAAGAAAUUCACCACUAUGAUACAAGUUUUUUCUUCUAUUAUUGUGCAAUUUAUUCGCAAAUUUAGUUAUGUAGGAAGGAAGGCAGCAUGCUUGUGCAAUUUAUUCACAAAUUUAUUUA